CCACCACCCCCGCAACCACUGCCCAGCAUGCUCCGCCGCAUGGCCUCCGCCCCCGCCCUGCGCGCCGCCCUCGGCGCCAGCACGCCCGCCGUGCGCGCGGCGCCCGCGCGCGGCAUGGUCAGCACCGUGCUGCUCAGCCGCGGCAGCUACGACUCCGCAAAGAGCGCCGAGCUCAAGAGCGAGCUCAAGCAGCGCGGCCUCGCCACCAGCGGCCGCCGCGCCGAGCUCAUCCAGCGCCUGCUCGACAACGACGGCCGCCGCGCCGCCGGCCACGGCAACGUGCCGCCGCCGCUGCCCAGCAGCACGCCGGCGCCCUCGUCGUCGCGCUCCGUCUCCUCCUCGACCACCGCCAAGGCACGCCCCGUCGCGCGCGCCACGGCCACCAACGCCAGCAGCGGCGCGCCGCCGCCGCCGACCGAGGGCGCCGUCGGCGUGGCGGCGCCGGGCGGCGGCGCGGCGGGCGCCAGCAUCAGCCAGCCGCCCAACAUGGAGCCGGGCACGGUGAGCAACACCAAGGACGCCGUCAGCGACCUCGACCUCGCCGCGCCCGACACGAACCCUCCGGGCCUGCCGCCGCAGAAGAACCCGAGCCCGCCGAUCACCUUUGACGUCAAGAUUCCCUACUACCCCGAGCCGCCGCUGGCCGGCCCGGAGAUCCCGCUCUUUACGUCAUACCUCGACCCCUCGCACCGCGCCGCCAUCGACGAGAACGCGCCGCGCCCCUACAUUCCGCGCGUUAUGGCCGUGGCGGGCGAGACGGUGUCGCACGCCGCAGCCGAGGUCAACGACGUGGUGGUGGAGGAGGGCGACGCCACGGCCGACGGGCAGGGCAAGAAGAAGGAGGCGGCGCCGCGGGGCGUCGUGGGCGACCUCUUUGCGCAGCUGAAGCGCGACCUGGGCAUCGAGGAGGAGACGGCCAAGAAGGUCGAGCAGAAGGCGGAGGAGGGCGCCAGCUCUCUCGCCGCCGGCGCAGACGCGGCUCGCUCGGCGCUUGACUCGGCGAAGAAGGGCCUUGCCGAGGCCGUCAAGUCGGACGACAAGAGCGGCUCGUCCUCGUCUGGCUCGUCCGGCUCCUCUUCGAGCUCGUCGAGCGGUGCUGCCGAGGCAUCGGGCCUCUAUGUCUUCCUCGGCGUCGUGGGCGCCGGCUGGCUGGCGGGCAGCCUGGGCAAGCCGAGCAAGAAGGCCCAGCACAAGGUGGAGGAUGAGCUGCGCAAGAUCCGUGCCGAGGGUGCCGUUGCGCGCGCGAUCAUCGAUGCCAAGGACGGCCGGCAGUGGAGCGACGCCGACGUCGCCGACCUCGUGGCGCGUGCGGAGGCGGCGCUGAAGAAGUGAAGUGAUGAGACUGCGCGCGGGGCGUAUGCAACAGACACGGGUAAUGCCAACGAAUGAUCACGACGCACGAGGCACGUGUUCAAUAGACGGUGACGUAUGAUGAUGAGAUGAGUAUCGGUGAAUGUGGAUGUGUGUUUCGCGAACG